GUGUUUCGAGCAGAUAAAUCAUUGCAAGAGCAAGAGGCAUAGUAGAGGCCACGGAGGGAAAAACAACAUAAAAGAGAAGGCAAUCAUGGUUUACAUACGCUGAAGAAUCAUCGACGGACCAUCGUUCAGCUACUAAUUUUAACAGAGAAUUAUGCUGGAUUUGACGAAGUAAACCUUAAUAAAGUAUCUGGGGUUUAUUUCGAUCUGAAAAACUUCAAACAAUAGGAAGAAGAGGCUAUGGAUUGCUCAUGGAAAUCAAGAAGCAAAAGAAGAUUGAAAAAGAACUAGAGGCUAUCCAUGAAACCAAUCGCAAUCUCAAACUCAGUUUCAUCGUCACUUUUUGUAUCGCCAUACGCUAAUGGUUGUGCUUCAUCUUCCAAGAUUGUUGCCCAGAAGAAUAAGAAUUCCCAGUCUCCUAAGGGUUCUGAACCACCUGCCAGGAUUACAUCAAAUGUCAAGCAGAAUUUGCAGUUCUUGAGAUUAUGGAAGGAGUAUCAAAAGAGGAAAUCUAGCACACCCAAGCCUGCUACUAGUUACCGUAAGAAGAAGGUGGAGAAAGACGACCUUCCAGAUGAUGAUUCCGAGCUCUAUCGUGACCCUACUUUGACCCUUUAUUAUACAAACCAGGGUGUAGACACUGCCGUCCCUGUGUUGCUUGUUGAUGGCUAUAAUGUCUGUGGCUAUUGGCCGAAGCUCAAGAAACAUUUCCUGGGUGGAAGACUUGACCUUGCUCGCCAAAAGCUUGUUGAUGAGCUGAUAACCUUUGGAAUGCUAAGAGAGGUGAAAGUGGUGGUUGUUUUUGAUGCUAUGCUGUCUGGGCUUCCCAUGCACAAAGAAAAUUUUGCUGGUGUUGAUAUAGUUUAUUCAACUGAAACCUGUGCUGACGCAUGGAUAGAGAAAGAGGUUGCAGCCUUGAGGGAGGAUGGUUGCCCAAGAGUAUGGGUUGUCACCUCUGAUCGUUGUCAGCAACAUGCAGCACAUGGAGCAGGAGCUUUUGUUUGGAGUGCAAAGGCAUUGGUCUCGGAGAUACUUUGUGGAGUACCUCCCCAGACCCUACCUCUUUGUGGGAUGAACACAUCGAGGUUGACUGACCACAACAGAUCUCCCUAAUCCACAUUUGGAACUGAAGUAGCUGAUUCAGAUCUAUUUCAUUUGUGGCAAGUUAAGUAUGGCAGAUAUUUAUGCUGCAACUCUCUAACCACGGGUGGAGCAAAUGGUGUCCCGUGCUACUCCUUCAUGGUCCUGUCAUAGUAGGAAAAAAUUACGUUCCGUAAGGGUCUCACGAUAAUGUUUUGUUGCAUGCUCCCUAUAUUUACUUAUGACAGAAGUUUGUUGUAGCUUAGUUGGUUUACGACACUGGAUUUAAGUUCAUGUUUGAAAGAGUGUGGGUUCGAA